AUGCAUCAAAGAAGCAUCUAUCAGAAGUUCCGUGGGUAUGAGCUGUUGGACAAGAAGAGGACGGAGAUGGCCCUGCAGGCAGGCGAGGACAGGGCCAUCCUGCUUGGCCUCAGUAUGAUGAUCUGCUCCGUCAUGAUGUACUUCCUGCUGGGCAUCACAACAGUGCGCUCCUACGCAGAGAGUGUGUGGACAGCCGAGACUGUGUGCACAGUGCUGAACUCCACCAUCACGGAUGACAUCAACUGCUCGUACAGCUGUGGCGUGGAGUGCUGGAGGAGCUCGAAGUUCCCCUGCCUGCAGGUGUUCGUCAGCCUCAACGCCUCGGGCAGGGUGGCGCUGCUGUCCCACAACGAGGACACGCAGGAGGAGAAUGCGGAGUGCUUCUACGUGCCAAAGUGCCAGAGGAACCAGGCGGUGAUGCACGCGCUGAUCGUGGACAUCAGCGAGCGGAUGCGGGCGCAGCAGCAGGUGCCGUGCUUCCAUGACCCGCUGGAGCGGCAGGAGGCAGUUCUGCUGACCCAGAGGUACGGCCCUGGUGCCGUCUUCCAGUCUCUCUUCUGGCCCUCCUGCAUGCUGGCGGGGGGGCUGCUCAUCAUCUUCAUGGUCAAGCUCACGCAGUACCUCUCCAUAUUGUGUGAGCAGAUUGGCAAGGUCAGUAAGUAAAGGCAGGCAAGGUAGGCAGGAGCAGUGGCUGCAGGACCUAAGGAUCCUGGGCAGUGUUUUAAAAAGAAAAAGACAGUCUUUUAAGUCCAUUUUCAACUCCCUGUGCAAUACAGAGGGGCUCUGUCCUGUGUUGGCACAGGAAUUGUAUUUGUGUGUUUUAAAAGGGACUCAACAAACUACCUCUAGGUUUGGUUUAGACAAAAUAUGGAGACUUUAAGAUUUAAACAUAU